AGCCAAACGUCUAUGUCCAGUUGAGUUAGACAAACCAUGGGAGGAAAUGUCAGUGGAAAGAAAUCUGCCAGCCCUCAAGUUUUUUCAUGAUUUCAGCUCUGGUAAGCCUGUUUGUUGCCAGGUAAAAUUUAUUAUUUAGAAGAUCUGAGACUAUGGGCAGUUAGGGUAAAUCUGCCACUGUGGAUGUCUAUUUUUAAUUUAUUUCAAAACCUGAAACCUAAUCUUUCUUCUUGUUGUGGGGGUGGGGAUAAAAUGGUGAAAAUGUCAUUAGAUUCCCAGCAUUGGAUUUGUUGAUUUAACAAUGAUCAAGAAAACAAAAUGACCUCUCAUUAAAAGCAAAUUAAUUUCAAUAUUUUAAUGAAGUUCUCAUGUCAUCAAUUAUACGCUGUAAACUUGAUUAUCUGUUUACCCCAUCACUCCUCAUUUAGUUUAAUUUAUUUUGUUGGUUACUUUUCACCAUAAAAUUUAUUCAAAUGUUUUUUCAGACAUCACCUCACUGACCAUGGCUUAUGGAGUAUGCUGGGAGCCAGCAUUUGCCCUCUUCAACCUCAGCCUUGACCUUGUCAACCGUCCAUCUGUUGAUCCCAGCAAACCGUUACCUUUUUGGGAUAAGAUGCGUCUGCUCUUCCAUGGUCGCUUCACCUGGUCCAUCACAAAAAUGAGCUGGCUGUACCACGCAUCUUUUGAUCCUUAUAAUAACACAGAGCUCAUGGACUGGUCGUGGACAAAUCUAGUUAUGGAUUGGACCAAUGGUCAGUGGUUUAGAUAGGGUAGAUAUGAAUAUUAUCUUUGUUCUCUUACAUCUUUAGUUAAAAACCAUUACAGUGGCUAUCUUUAAAGCCUGUUCAAUGUUGUCUCACUAUAAUUUAAACAUUGAGGUUUUGUAUCUAUUGUAAGAGGACGCUGCUCUGAUAUACAUUUCAUCAUUUAAAUUCUUAAUACAUUUUCCAUCCAUCCCUGUGGCGCUACAUCCCAUGUAGGGCUUUGGCCUGUUUCACCCCUUCCAUCCAUUCAUCCAAUUUGCGCUACAUCCCAUGUAGGGGUUUGGCCUGCCUCACUACUUCCUUCCACUAAGACCAUCCAUCCAUCCCUGUGACGCUACAUCCCAUGUAAGGCUUUGACCUUCCUCACUACUUCCUUCCACUCAGACCUAACUAAUGCUUUUCUUUUCCAUGCUUGGAUUCCUAGUUGUUGUAGAUCUUUUUUCCACAUCAUCCAUCCAUCUAAUUCUAGUUCUGUCUUAUAGCCGUUUUCCUCUGGGGUUUUGGUGAUGGACCCUCCUCACUCCUCUGUCCUUUGGCAUUCUCUGUAAGUGUCCUGCCCAGCGUAGCUUACCCUUUUUUAUUUCUGCUACCAUCGUGGGAUCCUGAUAUAGACUACAAUUCAUGGUUGAUUCGUAAUAGACCGUAGAAUUCAUGGUUGAUUUGUAUUCUCCAACCAUAUUCAUCCUUUGUUGGUCCAUAUAUUUUCAUGGGAACUUUUCUCUCCCAUGUGUUCAAUAGGUUUUCUGCCGUUUUUGAUAGGGUCCAAGUUUCACUUGCAUAUGUUACAACUGGUCUGAUUACAGUUUUAUAAAUAGUUUGCCAUUGUAAUGUUUUUACUCUUGAGCAUUUUUGACUACUGUCGUAUGCCCUGUUUCCAGCUUAUAUUCUUUCUUUUAUUUCUAUUAGUAAUUUUUUUCUUUCAUUUAAUAAAGAUCCUAGGUAUUUCAAUUGAUUUACUUUUUCAAAAUUCUGGUUUCUAAUACAUUUUUAAUAUUUUAUUUUAAAGGCCAGUUUGUACUGCAGGGUGAUCUAGAUAUUUCUGUUCGGACAGCAUCAAAGUACAAUGAGAGCAAACUGUUGCAUUUACCAAACUUAACAUUCAGGUAUAACUGCUGUUGACUCAUACUUAACAAUCAUGUAUGCUACAGUUAGCUCAUGUUCAACAUUCAGUUACUACUAUUAACUCAUAAUUAACAUUAUAACUACUGUUAACUUAUAUUUAACAUUCAGGUAUAGCGUCUGUUAACUCAUAUUUAACAUUCAGUUAUAGCUUCUGUUAAAUCAUAUUUAACAUUCUGCUAUAACCACUGUUAACUCAUAUUUAACAUUCAGCUAUAACCACUGUUAACUCAUAUUUAACAUUCAGCUAUAGCUACUGUUAACUCAUAUUUAACAUUCAGUGAUAACUACUUUUAAUUCAUAUUUAACAAUUAGCAAUAGCUACUGUUAACUCAUAUUUAACUCAUGUCAUGGUAAAUAAAAUAUUUCAAGAGCUUUAAAAAAAGUUGUUAUCCCAAUAAGAUAUUCUUUGUUUCAGGGUUGGACUAGAGUGGCUGUGUCUUGGUGAUGCCAAUGACCAUCAUUCUGUCAUGCCUUGUGCCCCAGACAGAGUGCCAGAUUUUUCUCUUGAGGUAAAUCAUAGUCAUGAGGUGGGAAUUUUUAAAAACAUUUUUGGUCAUUAUUGAAAAAGGUAUUUGUUUUAACAUGAAAAGGUAAAGAUAAAUGAGAAAAACAGUCCUUCAUGAUACAAUAGGAAAUUAAUAAAAAAUGGUUCUAGGUUAAUAAUAUUAGGUGAAUAAUUGUUAUAGAUCUAUAGCUCAAGAUGAUAUUGACUCAUGGUUCUAGGUUUUAAUAAACUAAUUGUCUCCAAAUUUAGGAACAUGACUCCUUCCGAGCCUUCAGGUCUCAACAUUUAAAUCUUGACCUUAGUCUUAAAACAAGACCUGUGGCUGACAAUUUGUGUGACAUCCCAUCAUGCCCUGAGCUUUACGCGAGCACUCUUCGAUUCCUGGAAAAAAUCAGGGUAAUGUUCCGCUCUGCUCAUUUGACAUUUAGUUUUGAAAUAACACAACAGCCCAUCAAUCCACUCUUGUCAAGCUUAUGUAAGCUUAUGUAAGAGGUGCUGCAAUUCUUUAUGACGGUUUCAGUUUUAAUGGCUUCUGAUCAAUGGGCUUCUUACAAUUUUAAACAUUUCAAUAAUAUUGGAACAUUGCUCAAAAUAGGAUUUUCAAGACUGAAAAAAAAUAUGUACGAUGAAUGAAAAAAACCAAAUUUCCAUUUAUUUGGAUCAAUAAAAGUAUCUUGUCUAUCUUAUCUUAUCUUAUAUUAAAGAACAGCAAUAUGUUUAUAGUGUUGUCAUUGGCAUAAUGUGACAUCUAGCAAAUAACUUUAGGCCACCUGGAUCAAUUUGGUGAUAUAUAAAAAUGCUUUCUCCUACAGAACUGCAUGUUCAGUGUAACACGGCCAGUGAGGAGGGGGAAAUUAUUUGGUGCUGUUACCCCUCGCAAGCUUCAACUAACUAGACAUUAUAAGUAAGCACUUUUACCAGACAUUAUAAGUAAGCAAUUUUUACCAGACAUUAUGAUUAAGGAUAAACAAUAUGUAACAAAGGACAGAGAAAAACAGUAUGCAAAGAGAACAAUACCAAAGCUAGUGAUACUAACAAUAUUUAAUCAUAUCAUAAAUAAUAAUAAUAUAUAUAUAUAUUAGAGGCCGACCGAAUUUCGGCUUCGGUUUCGGCGCCGAAAGUGGCCAUUUUAUCACUUUUGGCCAAGUUUCGGUUUGGGCCGAAACUGAAAAGUUAACUUUCGGCUUAAUUUCGGUUUCGGCCGAAAGAGAAAAGUUAACUUUCGGUUUUUCUUCGGUUUCGGCCGAAAGUAUCCGGCCGAAAGUGACUCAGUUUUUCGGUCAUUUAAUACUCAGCGAAAGCGAUAUUUAACAACAAACUAAGCGACAUUUAAGAACAAAUUAAGCGAUCUUUGAGAACAAACUAAACGAUCUUUAAAACAAACUAAGCGAUCUUUAAUAACAAACUGAACAAUCUUAAAGAACAAACUAAACGAUUUUUAAGACCGAACUAAAUGAUCUUUAAGAACAAAACAAAUGAUCUUUAAUAGUAAACUAAAUGAUUUAUAAGAAUAAACUAAGCUAUCUUUAACAGAAAACUAAAUGUUCUUUAGGAACAAACUAAAAGAUCUUUAAGAACAAACUAAUCGAUCUUAAGGAACAAAAUCAAUUAUCUUUAAGAACAAACUAAGCGAUCUUUAUGAAAAAACUAAGCGAUCUUUACAACAAACUAAGCGAUCUUUAAAAACAAACUAACCGAUCUUUAUGAACAAACUAACCAAUCUUUAAAAAAAAAAUAAUGCGAUCAUUAACAAAAACUGGAUGAUCUUUAACAACAAACUAAGCGAUCUUUAAGAACAAACUAACCGAUCUUUAACAACAAACUAAACAAUCUUUAACAACAAACUAAACAAUCUUUAACGUCAAACUAAGCGAUCUUUAUGAACAAACUAACUGAUCUUUAAGAACAAACGAACCGAUCAAAAACAACCAACUAAACGAUCUUUAGAAACAAAUUAAGCGAUCUUUUAGAACCACAUUUUUUAGAGACCCUGUUUAAAAAAAAAAUAUUUUUCAUUAAUUUCCCCUCCUCCCCCACUCCCCAAUUUUUGCCAAAUUUUCUCCUACCAUACUAAUUUUUUUAAAAUGGUAAAGCAAUUUAAAUUACUUUUAUAUUAAAAUGGUAAAAUCCAAAGUAUUCAUUAGAUCAUAUGCUUGUACAUGGAUUGAUGGAUCUUGACCAAACUUGGCACAUAUAUCCAUCAUUAUCCGGAAGGUACUCUUAAGGGAUUAUAAACUUUUUAUAACUUUCCGUUUGGGGCCGGGGGCCCAAAAUGCUGUUUUUUCCUAUAUGAGCUAUAUAAAUAAAAUUACUAAAAAAUGCUCCUACAUGAAUGGAUGGAUGUUGACCAAACUUAGAACGCAUACACUUGAUUAUCCAUGUCCAAAUACCGAAGGGUACAGAAAUCAUAAGAUCCAUCCCUUUGGUGCCGGGGGCCCCGAUUCAUUUUUCUUAUAUAAGCUAUAUAAUUAUCCAUUGGCUAAAAAUACUCCUACAUGAAUGGAUGGAUCUUGACCAAACUUAGAACUAGGGGUGUGCCGGAGUCCGGUCCGGAAUCCGGUUCCGCCGGAUUUUGCACUAUCCGGUGAAAUCCGGUUCCGCCGGAUUUACAUGUAUCCUGAACAACCGGAUUCCGGAAUCCGGAAUAUACCGGAUUUCGGAAUUUGCCAGAUUUUGUGACUCACUGGAUCAUAAUCUGAAAUAAAAGUAAUUCUCUUUCCCGAAUUCCACACGAUCACGAUACAUUAAUCGAUUGUUUCGAGCGUUGAGCUUGUUUAAUGUUUAAUAUUCCGUACAUACCAGAGGCUAGAGUCAGCACCGCUAAUAGUGGCCAAUAGUGUAGGGACUUUGAUAAGAAAAUUUAAACUUUUUGUAAAAAUAAACCAAUGGCAUAGUUGAAAAGAUGUAAUUUUUUAAAGAAUUAUAACACCAAAAUCAUAUUUUUAGCUGUUGUAGUUUUAAAGUUAUGAAUUUUUAAAGUACGACUUGGUUUGUCAUUUUUUAACAUGGACUGCAUCUCCACAUUCUGUGAUCUCAUUCCGCCAAUCCCGUCAUGCGCAAUGACUAUAUAGUUUAUAUAAGGCAACGCAUUCCCUGCCUUAUCACUAAAAUACUGUUUAGACUUAGUUUAAACUUUCAACUUUGGCACAUGAAUAAUUAAUUAAAGCUUUCCCUGACCAAUGGUUUAAUAGUUUUUGCACACGGCAAACUCUUAUGAAUGAAACUCUGAGGUAGUACUACGAUACAGUUAUGCAAGUGGCUGUGAAUGGUUGCCAAUGACAACGUGUUGCACACGGUAAAUUCUGAUCAUUUAUAAUAUGGAUUCUACCGGGUUGUUAAAGCUCAAAUUAAAACAUUCCAGUUUAAAUGUCUUUAAAUGCAUUCUGAAACACAAGUUAUCAAUUAUUUUGAUGUAAAUAGUGAUAAUAAAUUAAUAUUUCCUAAGUAUCGUCAACUUCCGCCAUUAAAAAGGGGGGCGUGGCCAACCCCAUGGCGAAAUUAGGUUGAGCGAGCUGCAUAACCUGCUGCGAACGCGUAGAAACAUGGCGUCUCUCGUAAGACACAUAUCCAAAUGGAACGGAACUCAAAUAUAUAUCGAAAGUACUAAUUUAAUAAUAAAUAGACACACACAUCGGAAAAUUAAAAACUCGGAUUUUUUGGCGCCGAUUGCGAAUUCCCAUACACAAAAAGUAGUAGUCCACCUUGACUUACCGAAGUAUCUACCAAUAGUACCGGAAUCCGGGAGAAACCGGAAUCCGGAUUAUUCCGGAAUCCGGCGGAUUUGGCAUAAGAAAAUCCGGAUCCGGUUGGAAAAAACGGAUCCGGCACACCCCUACUUAGAACACACACACUUGAUUAUCCAUGUUCAAAUACCAAUGGGUACCGAAUUCAUUAUUUACCAUUCCUCUGGGGGGCCCCAUUUCAUUUUUCCUAAUUUAAGCUAUAUAAAUAUCAAUAGGCUUAGACAACACUAUAGUUUCUAUGUGAAUUGAUGGAUAUAGGCCCUAGUGUGGUAGCAAUACACUUCAUUGUCCAUAUUGAAACAUCGGUGGAUUUAAAACUAAGAAUAUCCAAUCUAGAAUUUUCCAGAAAGUUCGAUAAUUUUAAAAAGCUAUAUAUAUAUAUAUAUGGCAUUUUUAAAAUGAUUUUAAAAUCAGAGAAGAGGAUCCCACCGGGAAAUGGGAUACUAAUGGGAUCAGCAUCCUAACAGGAUCUGGAUCCCACUCGGAUCAAAAUCCUAUGGGAAAACUCAAACCUACCGAGAUCGGGAUCCCAUUGGUAUCGCGUUAUCCCACUGGUAUCGAGUUUCUAUCGGGAUCGGAAUACCGAUGGGAUUGGGAUCAUACUGGAAUGGGGACCCAGCGGGAUCAGAGUCCCACUGGGAACUGGUAUACUAAUGGAAGUCGGAUACCGAUGGGAUUGGGAGCCCACAGGGAUCGGAAUAAUUAUAAGGCUGUAGACUGUAGAAGUUCCUUCGUUCUGAAAGCUAUCCUGGCAAAUGCCGGGUAUAUCCGGUAGUUUAAUUAUACAAAUAAAUUUCUAUACAAAUACAAAUUUGAGAACAGAAGCAAACAACUGUAUCAACUUACAGCUGGGUGGCCGAGUGGUCUAAACUGACUCACUCCAAAUAGUGGUGGUCUGGAGUUCAAUCCCCACCAAAGCCAAAAUCCCAAGCACCCAGGGGGGAUGGGACUCGUUAGCUUUGGAAGGCAACUCAUCUAACAGAAGGCUAACUCUGAAUUCAAACCAGGAGCCAGAAUGACCAAAAAGUUGAUCAUGGGCCCUCAAAUAUGAAAAAAAAAAAAUUGAAAAUGGUACACUCCUCAAAUUACAAAUAUUAAUAUUCCCAAACACAAUUAUAUAACGUCUCCUAUAGCGAAAAUCUCUCUCUCACUUUCUCUAUCUUUCUCACUCUGUAUAUCUGCUAAGAAAGCAUGCUGUCUAUAUAUAUGGAACAAAUCAGAACGAUGUAGUAAAGAAAUUCUAGAAAUUGCGUCACCUGAUGGCAAUCUUUAGACCAAAUGGAACGCAUUUGAACAAACAACCUUUCCCAAUUAAGGACAGGUUGGGUAUGGAAUGCCAUAGCACAUUCACUCAGAGACAUCAGUAUUAAGGCCAUACUAAUGGAGACAAGUGUGGUGGCUAAAAAUAGGUCUAAGCUAUGCGCUGUAUUAGGCUUUACGUUAUCAUAAUGGAGUUCAUUUUUUGUUGUUGAAGGAAAAUCAAAUUAUCUGUGGACUUCCAUAAGUUUGUCAUCUGUCACUGGAUGUCAAAUGCCAAGGAACAUGGUGCAGAGCUGGUCUCUGAUUCGUUUGUUCUACAAGUAAGUGGAAAUUAUAUUGGCCUAUUUAAACAGUGGGUGUUUAACAUUAACAGUCCUGCCAGAUGUAAAUGAAUGUCUUCUGAAACACUCCUCUAGUAGUAAUAGAUUGAAUGUUUUAAUCGCCAGAUGUACAGUAGAUUAAAUGAAAAUCAAUGUUUUGAUUCCAAGAUUUGCAAUAGAUUGAAUGAAAAUCAAUGUUUUAAUCCCCAGAUGUGCAAUAGAUUGAAUCUCAUACCAAUAGAAGAUGGUCUUCUACAUCGACCUAGAGCUGAAUGGAACAUUAAAUAUCUGAAAUGUCACCUGGGACCUACACGCAUCUACCUGUGUAAAAAUAUUGGCAAGGAUGAGGUUAGUACUGACCUUAAAUAGCACCUGGAACCUCUGUUAAAAUAGAUAACAAUAAAACAUUUUGGUGGCAGAAAUAAUGAACUAGUUUUUACUGAUUUUUAUUGCAGGCCAGCACUACACCUGGGACAGCGGACAGGAGUUUUUUCCUCAGUGUGACCAAGUAAUUAACUUUCAAAUCUCUAUAAAAAAUAUGGACUCCCAGGCAAUAAGUCAGGGUCCCAUCUGAGAAAUCAUAAGUAAUAAUUUGGAAAAUGAAUCUUUGUUGAUCUAACCAUCAGCCAAUCAGUCAAAGCCUUGGUUGUUUAAGUUAUACAUCAAGAUAAAUAUAAAUUAUUUUUAUUGCCAAAUAUGUCUGUCAUUGAUCAAUAGAGUACAAAGACAAAAUUAGUAUAGAAAACAAUAAGCUGGAGUUAUGUAUAAUUAAUCCAUUGUAAAAAAUUUCUUUCCUAGAAUCAGCUAUCAGAGGGCAGACAGAACAAACAAGAAAGGAAAUAAGGAAGAGGAUCUUGAGCAGGUUUGUAUAAGUGUUUGGUUCAUUACUGUCAUAGUCUGUACAAGUGUAUGUUUCAUUACUGUCAUAAUUUGUACAGUGUAUGUUUCAUUACUGUCAUAGUUUGUACAAGUGUAUGUUUCAUUACUGUCAUAGUUUGUACAAGUGUUUGUUGUAUUACUGUCAUAAUUUGUACAAGUGUUUGUUUUAUUACUGUCAUAAUUUUGUCUGAAAAAUCUAGUCCAAUCAGUUAUCGCAAACGGCUUGACCUCAAAGCAAUCUAUUAUCAAAUUCGGAGUACCCCAGGGCUUGGUCCUAGGCCCGGUGCUUUUCAUUAUGUAAGUUCAGCCCCUGGGUGCAGUGAUCAAGCAGUUUGACAUGCUAUAUCACAUGUUCACGGAUUGUACCCAACUUCAGCAGUCCAUGAUCCCCUCUCAGUUCCCUGAGCUUCUUAGUAUGACACAUAAGACAGUGGAGUCAGUUAAGCACUGGAGGACCAUAAACAAGCUCAAAUUGAACGAUGAAAAGACCAACCUGAUCCCUAUUGCUACCGCUCAAAAGCUAAAAUCUGUAAAUAACACACCAUCCCUUACUCUCUCAUCUCUCAGGUGUGCAGAUUGAGUUUUCUCAAACAGUGCGAAACAUGGGUGUCUACUUAGACAGAACACUAACUAUGGAGAAUCAGAAUCACAUUAACAUGCUUUGCAAGGCGAUUUUUCUAGAGCUGCGCAGAAUUAGUCAUAUCAGACAUUUGAUGCAACAAAGAGACUGAUGUCUGCAUUCGUACUAUCAGGCAUGAACUACUGCAUUGCUCUAAUGGUGGGUCUUCCAGCAAUGCUCCUGGAUAAAAUUCAAAGAGCACAGAAUAAUGCGGCUCGCAUUGUUCUUCGCAAACGCAUAUUCGGCCAUGCUAAAACACUUCUGAGAGAGCUGCAUAAGCUGCCGGUCCGCGCUCGCAUAGAGUACAAAAUUGCCAUCCUAUCUCAAAGCACUCAUGACACCUUAUGUACCCACUAGACAAUUCCGCUCAUCCCAUGGUGGCAAACUCUUGAUACCGCGUGUUCACCUUGAGACUAAUGUAAGGCGCACUUUCGCAUUUGCUGGCCCAACAAUUGGAACACACUUCCAGUUGCUCUCAGAAACAGGCAGACACUGGAGUCCUUCAAAACGGAACACAUCUAUUUUGAAAACACCUGUUGGGGUGAUGUUGUCUACCAUCUUUUCCAACUAGCUUUGUCUCGUAGAUGUAUAUUGGCUUUUGUUAUUUAUGGUUGCAAGGGAUGAAAGACUUUGAAUGGCAAUGCUCGUAUGAGGAUUUUGUAUUGUUGCGGUUUGUAUUUCAAUGUGGUAAAAUUUAGAUUGGUUUUCAUUUCUCUUUUAAUAUGGUUGACUUUGUACCGCUCUUCGAGCCUUUGGGGAUGAAGCGCGAUUUUCAAAUAAACUUUAUUAUUAUUAUUAUUAUAGUUUGUACAAGUGUUUGUUUCAUUACUGGUUUGUUUUAUUACUGAACAAUUUUGUAUUAGUGUUUUUGUACAAGUGUUAGGUUUUUACUGAAAGAUUUUGUACAAGUGUUAGGUUUUUACUGAAAGAUUUUGUACAAUUGUUAGGUUUUUACUGAAAGAUUUUGUACAAGUGUUUUAUUUUUCUUAACCCACCAUGUUUUAUUUGAUUCUUUACUAUGAUGUUUUUAUAUGUUGCAAGACUAUAAGGGUUUGUACUAGUUGUUUUUUUUUCUCAUUUUUUUCAAAAUUUGAUCCACAAUUUCAGAAAUUUGACAUUUUUUAAGUUCUUAAAAUAAGACAUUCUAUGUCUGAGAAAAGUUUUUUAAAUAUUUUUUUUUAAAAACAAAAUUAAAAAGUUUGAUCAUAGUUUGUUUUUAGUUAAAAUAUUUAUUUUAAUCUGUUAUUUUCUAUCCACAGAGAAUCCCAACUCACGGUGUCUCUAUCCAUGAGAUGAAAGGUGCCUGGAAUCAAUUCAACAGGACGGUGGUCAUGAAUCUGUAUGACAGUUACAUGAGAGCCAAAGCAUUGAGGAGAAACCUUUCUUCUGAGGCCCUGAAAGGCUUCAAGCUGGAAACAACACCAAAUGUCACGGUUGGUAAACCCUUAACAGGACACAGGGUGUGUUGCUCGUUGUAUUUAAUCAAACUAAUAGUUCAUAGUGGGCUUUACGGUUGGGCAUUUAAAAGUACAAUGAUCUGCACAAGUUAACUUUUUUUAUAAAAACCUCUCGCGUACAAAUUUUUUAUUAGCUUAAAAAAUAUUAUGAAGUACAAUAUGUUAAUAAUAUAAUAUUUUAAGUCAUAAAUGCUAUGUUCAGAAUGUAUGAUGUAGACCCCAAUUUAUUUAUUCAGCUCAUAAUCAAGAAUUCUUUCACAUUAACAAUUUUACAAUCUCAAUUAAAAAAUUAUAAGAAUUAAAUACAAAAAAGUUAAGUUGGCAACUGCACAAAUGUCAUGUGUGGAAUAAUGUUGAAGUUUGUAUAAAACUGUGUUGAGCUCCAAAAACCAUUCCCCAUACCACACAAACUACAUUUCUUUGAUCCAGGCUCCCCACCCCCUUGCCCCAACACUAACACAUUUAAUCUGAAAUUGACUCAAGAUUAAUGUUUUUAUAAAAAAUUAUUAAAUGUUGAAUUAUUUUAUUGUCUAAAGAUACAAUUUUUGUUUCCAACCAGAAGAAUCGCUCAUUUUCACUGAGCAGCCCAGAUGCAGCAGCCCCGAAUGUGGAUGGCAAUGUUGAUUUGGUCAACCCCAGUCCCUUGAGUAAACUGCAGAUGGGCCAUGCCCACUCCAUGUUAAUGAAGCUGGUGUCUGAGUCAGACAGCAAAUCAGUGGCUUUCACAGAGGAGGUCAGAACUUAUACUGAUGUCAAGAAUCCUUAAGAUAAAUAGAUUUUCUUAUAAAUUUUUUUUCUCUUUCGAAUUGUCUUUAAAUUUAAUGUUAUUUGAUUAAAAAAAUCUUCUUUUUUAUUUUUUGGGACCGUUAGCUUCUGAUGAUAAAUGUGUUCAAAAUUGAUUGACACUAGUGAGAUGAAGGAAAUGCCACUGGGUAAUAGAAGUCACCAAUAUUGACUGACUCAAAAGACAGAACAUUUCUAACAGACAGACAUCGCUGUCAAAUAUUUUGUUGUCUAAUAUAUUCCAAUGGCAAAUAUUCCAUCUAACGUUAUGUCAGACUAGUUUUGUGUCAGAUAUUGUCUCUCACUUGUCCACAACACUGAGUAGUGUAUUUUAUACUGUACGUGUAUUUCAAUUAAUUCAAACACUGAAGAGCUCAUUGUACACUAUGCGUUUAAUUCACUGUACUAAACAUCCACUUGGUACACAAAGAAGUUGUUACCUCAUUACAUCCAGAAGAAAAUAUUAUUUGACAAAAAACCCCACAGAAAAUCUAACCCAAACUAUUCUCUCUCUCUCACGCUCACUCUGACGCUCAAAAUCGUUCUCUCCCUUUAUAUCUGAAAAAUCCAUGCACCUUUCCUUGACAUGAAAAGAGUUCACGCUCGUUCACUUAACUUGUUGUCACAAACCACAAUACACACCGUACGUCUGAUUCCAUGACCUUGACAAUCGCCAAUUAGGUUUGACUAAAUAACCCCAGCAGUAAGGGCAUAUAUCAAAGUGAUGUUGUUAGUUUGAAGCGCAUGUAAAUAUUAGUUGAAACAAAUGUCAUAAUAAAGUUGUUAUAACUCUUAUCUAUGCCAUUUUAUCAAGUUAUUGUAAAGUUGUUACUACUCUUAUCUAUGCUAUUUUAUCAAGUUAUUGUAAAGUUGUUACUACUCUUAUCUAUGCCAUUUUAUCAAGUUAUUGUAAAGUUGUUACUCCUCUUAUCUAUACCAUUUUAUCAAGUUAUUGUAAAGUUGUUACUACUCUUAUCUAUGCCAUUUUAUCAAGUUAUUGUAAAGUUGUUACUACUCUUAUCUAUGCCAUUUUAUCAAGUUAUUGUAAAGUUGUUACUACUCUUAUCUAUGCCAUUUUAUCAAGUUAUUGUAAAGUCACAUUUGAAUAAAUGAACGAAAUGAAAUUCUUCCAGCCAUCUGACGCCAAUGUGGACCAGCUUCAUGGACUCAGAGCUUGCAAGCUGACUGAUAUACUACAGACUAAUUGGCAAAGUGAGUACUGAUAUACUACGUACAUUUAGCAAGGUAAGUACUGGUACUGAUAUAAUUUAUACUAUUUAGCAAGGUAAGUACUGGUACUGAUAUACUUUAUACUAUUUAGCAUGUAUACUAUAUGUAUCCCUAAAUAUUUCGGUCCGUUAAAAUUCUUGACCUUAUUUUUCACAGUAACAAUAUUUAUAUUUUUUUCACUUCCUGUAAUCCUACUUCUGGCAACAACCAAGGAGAUCUCUAAAGUUUUUUACUGUGCUCUAUUUCUUAUCGUACUUCUAUCUGUCCUGUUCACUGAAGAAGGCUCUAAGCUGAAAUGUCCACAUAUUAUUGCCAUGUCUUUUGAUUCAAGCUUCAACAUACCUUGUUUUACUAUUGCAUAAGUAGUGCUACUGGUAUACUUUAUACUAUUUACCAAGUAACAUCUCUAAUGCUCUCCCCAUCCACCUAACAUCUCCAGUUGAACUACACAAUAGCCAAGUUGUGCUGAAGGGCUGUGAGACACCAGGGUAUGUCAUAGUCAGUGCUGCCAGGGCCAAGGUCACUUCAUACACACACAUGCCAAUAUGGAGGCAAGGUCAGCUCAGGUCAAAGUCCACAUGGAAUGGAGAUGUUGACUGUAUGCAAGUGAGUCAAGUUUCUUUCCAGAAAGCUUCAAGCAAAGUUCCAUCUUAUGUAUGGAUACAGUAUGAAAAUCUGAACAUUUGGAGUUCUCCAUCUGAAUAUUUGGGGUUCACCUAGUGGACAUUCCAUCUGGAUAUUUGGUGGUCCACCUAGUGGACAUUCCAUCUGGAUAUUUGGUGGUCCACCUAGUGGACAUUCCAUCUGGAUAUUUGGUGGUCCACCUAGUGGACAUUCCAUCUGAAUAUUUGGGGUCCACCUAGUGGACAUUCCAUCUGGAUAUUUGGUGGUCCACCUAGUGGACAUUCCAUCUGGAUAUUUGGGGUCCACCUAGUGGACAUUCCAUCUGGAUAUUUGGGGUCCACCUAGUGGACAUUCCAUCUGAAUAUUUGGGGUCCACCUAGUGGACAUUCCAUCUGAGUAUUUGGUGGUCCACCUAGUGGACAUUCCAUCUGAAUAAUUGGGGUCCACCUAGUGGACAUUCCAUCUGAAUAUUUGGGGGUCCACCUAGUGGACAUUCCAUCUGAAUAUUUGGGGUCCACCUAGUGGACAUUCCAUCUGGAUAUUUUUGGUCCACCUAGUGGACAUUCCAUCUGAAUAUUUGGGGUCCACCUAGUGGACAUUCCAUCUGGAUAUUUGGGGUCCACCUAGUGGACAUUCCAUCUGAAUAUUUGGGGUCCACCUAGUGGACAUUCCAUCUGAAUAUUUUGGGGUCCACCUAGUGGACAUUCCAUCUGGAUAUUUGGUGGUCCACCUAGUGGACAUUCCAUAUGGAUAUUUGGUGGUCCACCUAGUGGACAUUCCAUCUGAAUAUUUGGGGUCCACCUAGUGGACAUUCCAUCUGAAUAUUUGGGGGUCCACCUAGUGGACAUUCCAUCUGAAAAUUUGGGGUCCACCUAGUGGACAUUCCAUCUGGAUAUUUGGGGUCCACCUAGUGGACAUUCCAUCUGAAUAUUUGGGGUCCACCUAGUGGACAUUCCAUCUGAAUAUUUGGUGGUCCACCUAGUGGACAUUCCAUCUGGAUAUUUGGGGUCCACCUAGUGGACAUUCCAUCUGGAUAUUUGGGGUCCACCUAGUGGACAUUCCAUCUGGAUAUUUGGGGUCCACCUAGUGGACAUUCCAUCUGAAUAUUUUUUGGUCCACCUAGUGGACAUUCCAUCUGAAUAUUUGGGGUCCACCUAGUGGACAUUCCAUCUGAAUAUUUGGGGGUCCACCUAGUGGACAUUCCGUCUGGAUAUUUGGUGGUCUGUUCUCCUUUGUCAUAGCACUUGUAUUUCUGUCCAUAUUUACUACACUCUCAACCAUUGCUUUAAUAUUAAUCAGUAGGAUUAACUUGGUGAAUAAAUUUAUUUGACAAAAAUUGUGGUUAUUGUUGUAUGUAUCCGACAAUGUUUGUAUGACAUAUUUAUUCAAUGAGAAUUUCCUUAAGUUCUAUUUGUUAUAUAGUUAUAUAUAUAUAUAUAUUGCUAUAUAGUUAGUAACACACUCCUCUAACUUUAAUUUUUUUAGAUGCUCCAGUAAUUCGAUAUGAUUUCCUGUUUACUGUCAAUACUGUUAUUUGAGUUUAUUUUUUAUUUUAUUUUUCUUAUUUUGCUUUUGAAAGGCUUCUUGGUCAAAAUGUCCUUUGUUCUGUUUUGUGAUCUUUCAGGUUUUCCCCUAUGUGUUAUAUUAUCAUAUUCUCUCACCAUAGUACUACGCUACAGUUGACCCAAACAACAGCUAUGAGAGGGACAACAUUCCAUGGCUGUCCAGGGAAAACGUAGAGGACAGGGCCUACACUGACCUUAGUGGCUUAACUGAGAUGAUCAGCAGUGGUCAGUCAGUGGGCAGUGUGGUCAGUAGUGUAGUCACAGGUGUCAAGCCAGCCUCUGACCAGGUCUGUACCUAAUAUGCUAAGUACAUCCUAAGUUAAACUGUCUAUGCUGCUUGUGGUUGGUAUUCACUGUAAACAAAGGACUAAAGUAAAGUAGAUCCACUUAUUAUUUGUACAUAAAAGAUGCUACUCUGUUCAAAAAUUGAAAUUUUUUUACAUCAAAUUUUUGCAUAUUUAAAUUAAGAAUUUUAAAAUAUUUAAAUACAAUGUUUCAUUUAUAAUUUGAUUGAUUGUGAAGGAAUGGGCUGCAAAAAAAGCAACAUUUUUUAAUAUCACAUUUUUGCAAUUUAAAUUAAGAACUUAAAUAUAUUCUAUACAAAGUUUAUUACAAAGGAGAUUACAUAUAUGAAAAUGAAAAAAAGUUCUAAAUUUAAUUUUAUAGAUUGAAACUAAUUUUAUGUAUUCACUUGCAUAAAAUGAUGUAGCACAACAGAUGAUGUCAAUUUUUAAAUCAUAAAUGUAGCGUAGGUGAUUAGCCCGUACCAUAAUAUUUCCUUCUAUUUGCUAGACCUCAUCUGCUGAUACUGUACAGCUCCAGAGAAUCAUCUAUCGGUGCAGUUGUAAAUUUUUCUAUGCCAACUAUGGAGACGUUGACCCAAAUAACUUGCCUGAAGUUCCCCUACCUGUAAGUAAAUGUGGAGAGAGCACAGCCAUACAAUCAGAUAAUCAUUAAUAUUACUCAGCUAUGUAAUCCCAUAAUCAUUAAUGGGACAUCUCAGUGUAAUGAAAUAAGGGUUAAUAAAACACACCAAUGGAAUCAAAUAAUCAUUGAUAUAUCAGCUCAUUGUAAUUCAUCAAGUACAGAGAGAGAGUGUAUCAUUAAAAUGCAGUAACACUAAUAGACUUUGUUUUCUUCUCUCUGGCAGCCAGCAGAAGAUACUGACGUCAUGAGUAUAGAGGAGGGUGUUGACACGUUUACAUUACUACACGAGAGUGUAUAUGCCUACUCCAAUCCUGUGAGUAACCUUGACAUUCCUUAUGUUUUUUGUUUGUUAAUAUCAUUUGAAAGUAACAUUACAAUUAUGUAACUUGACAUUAAAAAUAAUUUGGACAUUUAUAAUAAUUAUUUUCUUUCGACUCAAUUUAGAUUAACUUCACCCUUCCCAUGUCAUGUUACAGGGCACUACUCCAAUAAUAACUGACUUAUAAAGAAAUUACUAGUAACUGUUAAAUACCAUAUCCCCUGGCGUGUAGGAUGCACCCUUGGUUUGGGGGCAUUACAUGUCCCAUUUUUUAACAUAAAUAUAACUGGAAUUUGUUCAACAGACUACAAAAAUGUUUUCCAUAGCAAUUUGAAAAGUGAAAAGCAGUUGUCAUAAACUUCAUGAUCUUUAAAAAAACUGAUUGUCUUCUGCUUGUGUGUAAGUGUAAGCAAGAAUAAGGGAGAAAAUGAUGUCGAGAAUUUUCGUAUCAAUGAAAUAUUCCACCCUGCAUAACAGUAAGUGAAAUUGAUUUUGAGGCAAUCGGUCCCAGCCUGAGUUUAUAAAAAAAAAAAAAAGAAUUGCUACCUGUACUCAAGUAUUCAUGGUUAAUACUGCCACGUCCAGUGUAAUACUGCCAGGUCCGGUGGUCUUAUGUACAUGCAGCAGUCAAGGGGUUAACUUUCAUUUUUAACUCUUAUCCUAAGCUCCAGUUUUCUGUCAUCAUGGAUAUUGUCAACAACCUUUUGCUCUAUGUAGAACCCAAGAAGAAGGUAAGUGUAACGGCAUAGAUGUUGUCAUGGUAACCAAGUCGUGCAUAAAUAUAAAUUAGUCACAAAAAUGAAAAUGAUUUUUUAAUUUUUAUAUUAAGUUUGAUUAUUUGAUAAAAAAGCCGACUUUGUAUUUAAGAAUCUUGUGUUAUCUGUUCAAUGAAUGCCGUUGACUGUGUUUACAAAGAUGCUCUAUUUCUGCACUGUCCAGGCCGCCAGUGACCGACUUCAGAAUAUGAGGUUUAAACUACAACUGUACAGAGAUGAGGAUCAGAAGACACCCAUCUUACAGCUGCAGGAAAUAGUCAGGUAAUAAUACUGGUGAUAUCUGUGUCACAGAAAUGAAUCAGUGUACUUGUCUGUGUGUACUUGUUUGUGUGUGUACGACAUCACUGAUGUCACAGAAAUGAAUCAGUGUACUUGUCUGUGUGUACUUGUCUGUGUGUGUACGACAUCACUGAUGUCACAGAAUUGAAUCAGUGUACUUGUCUGUGUGUACUUGUCUGUGUGUGUACUUGUCUGUGUGUACUUGUCUGUGUGUGUACGACAUCACUGAAUCAUGGAAUCAUUUUGUUUUUUGGGGUUUUGGGUAGGGAUGUUUGAAAACAUAAUGGACAGAAACUUUGUGUGUUUUGGGAAUGUUUGUGUCAUGUAUGAGAGGUGAGUUGUUUGGUUUGUACCAGUCGGGUACUUAAUGGUGUCAAAACCUGGUUUGUAGCAGUCGGGUACUUAAUGGUGUCAAAACCUGGUUUGUACCAGUCGGGUACUUAAUGGUGUCUAAACCCCUACCCUACAUAAUGUUUGUCUGUGGCUCAAUGCCAUGAAUUUUUCCAUCAAUGGAGGUUUGAAAACUUUUGCCUUAGAAAAAGAAUGUUAAAAGUGCACAGUUUUACCUGUGUAUGGAUGUAGGACAUUUUGUAUACACAUAGAGAAUGAAAUAGUUCAACUUGAAUAUUUCAGAGAGAAAGUUCAAGAGCUGCGUUUACUAGAAAAGGAAUAUUACAUUGCCAAGACUCGUGAUGAUGAGGAAAGGUAAAUGGUCAUAAGCUUCGUGAUGAUGAGGAAAGGUAAAUGGUCAUAAGCUUUGUGAUGAUGAGGAAAGGUAAAUGGUCAUAAGCUUCGUGAUGAUGAGGAAAGGUAAAUGGUCAUAAGCUUCGUGAUGAUGAGGAAAGGUAAAUGGCCAUAAGCUUCGUGAUGAUGAGGAAAGGUAAAUGGUCAUAAGCUUCGUGAUGAUGAGGAAAGGUAAAUGGUCAUAAGCUUCGCACAGUACCAAUUUUGUUUUGAAGGAACAUUUGACAAGAUUUUAGGCAGAGAAUUUCUCUAACUGUAAUAUAACAAAGAAAGUUUCAUCAUUUUUUGCCAUUUCUUCAGGAUGGAGUUACUGGAAGUAAAGAUGGAUGAAAUGAAAAACUGGAUUGGUCUCAAAAAUGAGGAGUUGGGGAUGAGAAUCAGGUAGGUGCAUGGAUAUGGAUUUCUUAAGAUGUUUCUUGGAAAAGUGAGGGGUGGAAGGGUUAAAGGUCACUUAUUUCCAUGUCAUUAAAUAAUUUACACCUGCACAGUCAUAUAUUUAUAUAUAUUAUCAUUAAGUAAGUAUUUUUUCCAAACUAUUUCCUCAGUUGUUAUAAUGAAAGUCAACUCCAAGUUAAAGCCCAGCUCAAGAUGGAAAAAGGUAAGAACAAGACAUGAACUGUAAGUAGACGUCUUGUAGCUCAGAGGAUCUCAAAACUGUAAGGGCUUGAUUAUGAUUCUUUCAAAUGCCAAAAAGUUGAGCAACCCAUGGUUUAGAUCAGGGGUCUCCAAACUACGGCCCGCGGGCCCUCUCAUGCAGCCUGCGGAGACCUUUUUGUUUUACGGAAAAAUUUACGGAUAUUUACGUGCAUCCUGCCAAGACCAGACGCCCCUUACGUGGACGUUAUGUUUUUACCAAAUUAAAAUAGAGGCAAAAUAAAAUGCAAGCAAGUUUCACCAAUUUUUAAUUGCAAUGGAUGAAUCGCUGGACAGCUGUUCCACCUCUUAACUACUUGUGUUCCUUAGAGGUGUGGAUGAAGAAAUGAACAUAAUACAAGAGCUGACUUCCCUACAUAGCAUGUACGACACUGUAACAGGAGAGGAUAUAUUCAAUGAGUUGGAAAAAACAUUUGCUGAUUAUAACUUGGACUGGACUAACCUCAGUUGUCUGACUGUUGACAGAGUAAAUAAUAUGAAAGGCAUGAUUUGACAAGUGAAGCAGAUGUGUAAUGAGAAAAAAUUUCUGCAACCAAUGUUCCUGCACUGUAUUAUUCAUCAGAAAGCUUUGUGCGAAAAAUAUGUGGACAUCAGCAGCGUACUGAAUCCUGUGGUGAAGAGGGUUAAUUUAAUAAGGUCACAUGGGCUCAACCAUAGACAGUUCUGAGACCUGUUGAAAGAUACAGACACAGAAUCGCAAGAUUUACCAUAUUACACAGCAAUAAGAUGGCUAAGUUGUGAGAAAGUUCUGAGCAGAGUAUUUAAGUUAAGAAAGGAAAUAGGUGACUUCCUGGGAAAGUAAAGGCAAACCACAGCCAUUACUGUCUGAUGAAGAGUGGGUAUGGAAAUUGGUCUUUGGUGCAGACAUAACUAGUCAUAUAAAUUUCCUGAUCUAUGCACCCACCUAAAGACCUUCAGAUCCAAACUCGUCUUGUUUUUGGAACAAGUACAGGCCAACAACUUGACGCAAUUUCAGCAGUGGACGGUCUUCUAGGCUGAAGCAACAGCGGAGUUCUCCAUGUCAUCUGUAUGCGAGAUCAUCAUAGAAGACCCCCAGCUGCAGUUUCAGCAGCGGUUUUCUGACUUGGAUUUAAAGGCAGAAGAAGUGAGCCUUUUUCAAAACCCAUUUGAAGCAGAUGUGGCCAGUCGCCCAGAUGAACUGCAUCUGGAGGUCAUUGAGUUGCAAGCAAAUGACCUCCUUAGGGACAAGUUCAAAGGAGGACCGUUGGAUUUUAACUAGUUUUGGCCCAAGGAAGACUUUCUUAUUUCAAAACAUUUGCAUCAAUUUAUCUUUCAAACUUUGGAACAACAUGGCUGUGUGAACAAACAUUUGCAUCAAUUUAUCUUUCAAACUUUGGAACAACAUGGCUGUGUGAACAAACAUUUGCAUCAAUGUAUCUUUCAAACUUUGGAACAACAUGGCUGUGUGAACAAACAUUUGCAUCAAUGUAUCUUUCAAACUUUGGAACAACAUGGCUGUGUGAACAAACAUUUUCAUCAAUGUAUCUUUCAAACUUUGGAACAACAUGGCUGUGUGAACAAACAUUUGCAUCAAUGUAUCUUUCAAACUUUGGAACAACAUGGCUGUGUGAACAAACAUUUGCAUCAAUGUAUCUUUCAAACUUUGGAACAACAUGGCUGUGUGAACAAACAUUUUCAUCAAUGUAUCUUUCAAACUUUGGAACAACAUGGCUGUGUGAACAAACAUUUGCAUCAAUGUAUCUUUCAAACUUUGGAACAACAUGGCUGUGUGAACAAACAUUUGCAUCAAUGUAUCUUUCAAACUUUGGAACAACAUGCCUGUGUGAGCAAACAUUUGCAUCAAUGUAUCUUUCAAACUUUGGAACAACAUGGCUGUGUGAGCAAACAUUUUCAAGAACGAAAUAAGUGAAGAACAAUUUGAGAACAAAUUUGUCCGAUGAUAAUCUCAGGUCACUGUUGAUGUUAGGGAUAUCAAAUCUAAAUCCAAAAAUGUCUGCUAAUCACUACUAUUUUGGCAUCCAGGAAACAAUUUCACCAUUCCCACUAAUACAGGUGUUCAUGUGUCAUGCAUCAAUGUGUUAUUAAAUAAUAACUGAAUUAAAUAAUAAUACAUAAAUAAUUAAAAACAACAUCCAUGUUUUGAUUCUUUUUAAUUUAGAUCUCGAGUGUGUAGUAGGCCCCUGAACUGCUGUUUGAUAGUUAAUGCGGCCCUCGGGCUGAAAAGUUUGGAGACCCCUGGUCUAGAUAUUGGUUCUGUAGAUUGAGUCCCAUGUUUCUGAUAGAAGUUUUAAUAGGUUGUUUUUUUUAUUCUAUUCAGCUCAACAAGCCCAGGUGGUGAAGAGGAACGAGGUAUGUUUCAAAUAUGCAAAGUGGCGUAUGACAGAAAAAGAUGGCCACUGUGGUAUAGCUGAGUUGGAGCUGCGUAAUUUUGUGUGAGUUAUUGAUUACAAUUGCUAACUUAUUUAUUUCUUGAUAUGUUAAAUUUAAUAGCACGUCCGACACAAUGGUGUAGACUUUGCCGGAUGAAAUCACAAGGCCUGGGAUUUUUUUCUUUAGGAAUAUAAGCUGGUUCCCUAGAUGGCAAAUCGCCUAUCUCCAGGCAAAUGGAUAACCCAAGGGAACCUCAUAUUUGGAUGAUAUAGCUUGGCACCAGUUGCGUCGCAGGCGCUGUUGAAAUUUUUCAUUGUAUUAAUGUAUCCGCCUACACUACAGGACUCCUGCUCCGAUUUUUUAUUCAGAGUUUCCUUCUCAUAGAUGUCAAAGGUUAACGGUUUCCAUCCAUUCAGGGUGAUGGUGAUUUUUUUGCUUGAGUUGGUUUUUGGUAGAGAUUGAACUCCAAACCACAAGCUUGGGAUUGACUCAGUUUACAGCCAUCGACCACGCAGUAGAUGUGUUAAAUAUGAUAAGAACAAAAGACAAGUGGAGAUACAUUUGUUAUGAAUUAUUAUACAAACAGUCGCAACUCAUAGGAAAUGGUUUGACUCAAAGGGUCAAUAUUUAACAUAGAAAUCCUCUUUUGAUAUUGACAGUUACACCAAGGUCAACCGAGAUGAUGACACCUGGACUCACCAGCUGGAGUUGAACUGGGUCAAGGUUGAGAAUCUGCUGACAGAUAAUUUUUACCAGGUAAUUAUCAAAUACUCUUGCUGUGACUUUAAUUUUGACCAGAUGUUUAUCAUAUAAUUCUUACUUUGCAAUCAACUCUGUCACUCAUUUUGUUGAUUUAUUCUUUUAAUUUUGUUACCAAAUGUCAAGUCACUAUGGCUACAUGUCUCAUAUUCUCAUUUGUUACAUUUUCCCUUUUACAGAAAGUUCUUGUGCCCAAAGACCCACAAGGUCAGGAAGGAGAAAAUAGACAAAUGGCCUUGAGAAUAACAUGUACUGAAAGGUCACCAGGUAAAUUUAUUAGAUGUCCCUAUUUCAGACUCCCUCAAUGUCAAUAAAACAUUCAUUUACAUUUUGUUAACUUUGUUAAAACAACACAGUGGAGGUCAUUUUUGAUCAAAGACAACACAAUGGAGGUCAUUUGGCUCAAAGACAACACAAUGAAGGUCAUUUUGGCUCACUUUGUAGCAAAGUUUUCCUUUUUAGAGUUUGGGUUGAAACAGACUUUCGUAGAUCUCUGUUUGUUUAGUUUGUUGUGUUUUUUAUGCAUUCAACACAGACCCAUGAAUAUGUAUGGUAUAAUUUGAUCUUUUUGGGUGCUGGGUGGCCGAAUGGUCUAAACUGAGCAAAUCUCAAGAUGGUGGUCGGGAGUUCAAUUCCAGUCAAGCAAAAACAUCACCAGCACCCCGGGUGGAUGGGACUCGUUAACCUUGGAUGGCAACUCAUCUAAGAGAAGAAAACUCUGAAUUUAAACCCAGAGAUGGAGUCCCAUAUGCGGAUAACAUUGGCACAAUGAAACAUUCCGACAACUCCUGUGACAUCACUGGUGUCAAGCUGUAUCAUCCACAAGAUGUUCCCUUGGCUUAUCCAGCGGCGUGGAGAGAGGCGAUUUUCUGUUGGGAACCAGCUUAUAAUCCUAGAAUAAUAAUCCCAGGUCUAGUGGAUUUCGUCCUGCAAAGUCUUCACCAUCAUCACAUCGCCAGCAAAAAAAUUUAAAACAAAAUUAUUUUUACAGUCAUAUAAAUGUUUAUUGUUUAAUCAACAAACUCAAGUUCUAAAAAUUAUAGCAGGAAAAAUCUUUCAAAUUGGUUAUAAUUAAAGAGAAACAAUUACUUAAAAUAUUUGAUCAAAGUUUAAUCUAAAAUAUAUCUGUCAGAAGUGUUGUACACAUAUAAACAAAACACGACAUGGCUGUACACAGACUAAUAAAACACCACAUUGUUGUACAUAGAUUAACAAAACACUACAUUGUUGUACACAGACUAAUAAAAACACCACAUUGUUGUACAUAGAUUAACAAAACACUACAUUGUUGUACACAGACUAAUAAAAACACCACAUGGUUGUACACAGACUAAUAAAAACACCACAUGGUUGUACACAGACUAAUAAAAACACCACAUUGUUGUACACAGACUAAUAAAAACACCACAUGGUUGUACACAGACUAACAAAACACCUCAUUAUUGUACAUAGAUAAACAAAACACCACAUUGUUGUACACAGACUAACAAAACACCUCAUUAUUGUACAUAGAUAAACAAAACACCACAUUGUUGUACAAGGACUAACAAAACACUACAUUGUUGUAAACAGACUAACAAACACACCACAUGGUUGUACACAUACUAACAAAACACCACAUGGUUGUACACAGAUUAACAAAAUACCACAUGGUUGUACACAGAUAAACAAAACACCACAUGGUUGUUCACAGACUAACAAAACACCACAUGGUUGUUCACAGACUAACAAAACACCACAUGGUUGUACACAGACUAACAAAACACCACAUGAUUAAACACAGAUGAAAUAAAAAGCAAUUGUUUCUCUUUAAUUACAACCUAUUUGAACGAUUUUUCCUGCUACAAUUUUUAGCACUUGAGUCUGUUGGUACACAGACUAAGCAAAACAUUUUUUUUUAUAAUAAUUUUAGAACCAUAAAUGCCAGUUGUUCUCAAACUUUUCCAUCCGAGGGCUAGAUAUUUUUUAGAUGUGUCCGAGGGUCAGAAAAGCCCCCCUUGGCAGUCUCACAUUGACCUGAUGCCUGUGAUACUACAAUCUACAUAACAAUAGCAUUCAUAUGGCAUCAUAGGUCAUUGUACUGUAAACUUGCUGUAAAAUAGAGAUGUCAGUGUCACAUUAACACUGUAAAUUUGUCUUCUGGUCAGAGAUGUGCAUUGUUAUUUUAAUGCUACGGUCCAUUGUUAUUUUAAUGCUAUGGUCAAUUGAUAUUUUAAUGCUACGGUCCAUUGUUAUUUUAAUGCUACGGUCCAUUGUUAUUUUAAUGCUACGGUCCAUUGUUAUUUUAAUGCUACGGUCCAUUGUUAUUUUAAUGCUACGGUCCCUUGUUAUUUGACUGCUAUGGUCCAUUGUUAUUUUACUGCUACGGUCCAUUUUUAUUUUAAUGCUAUGGUCCAUUGUUAUUUUAAUGCUAUGGUCCAUUGUUAUUUUAAUGCUAUGGUCCAUUGAUAUUUUAAUGCUACGGUCCAUUUUUAUUUUAAUGCUAUGGUCCAUUGUUAUUUUAAUGCUACGGUCCAUUGUUAUUUUAAUGCUACGGUCCAUUGUUAUUUUAACGCUACCGUCCAUUGUUAUUUUAAUGCUAUGGUCCAUUUUUAUUUUAAUGCUAUGCAUUCAUGGUAUCAGGCUGCUUAAAAAAAUGAUACAUACAAUUUUGUUUCGGAAAUGUCAGCAGACCAGUUGAAAGGGCCAAAUGGGCUAAAUAUGUGUACCUCUGAUGUCCAAUAUCAUGUGUCUCUAUGUACUCUAUGUGUCUGUUGUAUAGUGGGUGGUAUACCAGUCAAAGAACACUUUGAAGUGAAUGUUGCCCCGAUUCAGAUCCAGAUGACAUACCAGUUCUACAAAGCUGUCAUGGAGUUUUUCUUUCCUGACAAGAAUGUUGACAUGGAUGAUGGUGAGUGACAUUUGAAAGUGGUUGAUGUGAUAAAAUAUGAAGUGUGUGAGUGACAUUGCAAGUUGAUGUGGUGGGUGACAUUUCAAGUCAUUUUAGGUUGUGAGUGACAUUUGAAAUAAAUUGAUGUGGUGGGUGAAAUUUCAAAUAGUUUCACAUGGUUGGUGAUAUUUUAAAUAGGUUGACGUGGUGAGUGACAUUUUGAAAUUAGUUGAUGUUGUGAGUUACAGUUGAAAGGGAUGUUGUGGAUGACAUUAUGACAUAUGUUUUGAUGUGAUAUAAAGAAUUAAAAAAACAAAAUAAUUGUGGUUUAACUGAACAUGGUUAAAUAUGUUGAUGUUUGAUCCUAGCAAUGGAUGGCGUUAGAUUUUGUUUCCAACUAAAACAUUUUCAAUAAGAACUGACUAUGUUAACAAUUUUGAUAAAAAUGUAACCUAUGGAUGAUCUGACCUUUACCAGAAGAUGACAUGGAUAUAAAGCAGAAGAAAGAAAAGAAAAACAGCAAGAAAGAUAAAGAGAAGAAAAAAGACAAGGGAGAUGACUCUGAAAAGAGUUCUCUGCGUUCUGUUGCAUCGUUUAGCAGCGCUGACGACAUCAACAAAAUGAGGGUAGGCUAAUUCAGCCCAUCGCUAAAAUUACUAUCUAAUCUAUAUGAAAGUAAAUAUGUACAAUAUAAUAAAAAAAAAAAUCUCCAUUUUUGUGACUCAAUAAAAGAAUCUUAUCUUAUAGUGAUGUAUAGUGUCAACUCAUAUCAAUCAAUAGGGAUGGGAUGGGAAGAGGGUGGUGGUGUGAUCAUGAUUAUUUUGCCUCUGGAUUAGCUAGCUGAUCCUAUCUGAUGACCUGACAUUGUUUAGACAAUUUACCGUAAUAUCUGUUUACUGCACAUUGUGUAUACAUUUGACUGUAACAUUUGAUUGAUGUCAAACAGGAAAGAGCUGCCAAGAACAAUACAUUCUUGUACAUCAAAAUCCCUGAAGUCAUUGCAAGGGUCAGCUAUAAGGUCAGUCCUAGCUAUUGUAGGGUUUUAAUUUAUUUAUGAAUUGUAGGAAUAUAUGUAGGAGACCGGUUUAGAGAACACCUCUACAACAUAAAUAAACAGGCUCUCUGUCUGGUCUGCAAACAUUUCAAUAGCACUAACCAUGAUGGAAUUUUAGACAUUGCAGUUACUGGUAUACUGUAUACUAGUAACACAUCGGAUAGGAUCUAUAUGGCAAAUAAAUUGAUAACAAGAUUUUAAAAUGAUUUUGUUGAAUAUAUAUUGUAGUUGUAGUAAAGUUAUUUAACUUUCAUAAAUAUCUGAUUAUUUAUUUAAGCCAAAGCUUAAGUUCAAGAUAAUUUAUGAUUAUAUAUUUGUAUAUGUAUAAAUAUAUGUUUGACAUAUUAUGUAAAUCUACAUGAUUAAAUGGUUUUAAAAAUGUUCUGUCAAUCUCAAACUUGAAUAAACUUGGAUAUGCUCAUAAAACUUGCCAGAGAAUUUGGUGGGUCUCAUGAUAGUCCUGUUGUGUUUAAAAAGGUUAACAUGUAAUUGAAAAGAAAUUUCAGUGAAUGUUUUUGUAAAAAAUUAGGAUUUAAAAGAAAAAUAAAAAGCUGUUGCCAAACGUCCCUGUAUAAGGUAAUGUAUUGAUUGGUCAAAUUUCUUGCCAAUCAUAGGGCCAGAAAGAGAAAAACAUCGAGGAUGUUCACGACUUCAGUUUCAUCCUCCCAACUGUGGAGUACCACAACUGUAUCUGGACAUGGUUUGAUUUUCUCAUCACUCUCAAAAACCACAGCAAACGUGUUCUCUUGUCUCAGGUGAGUCUUUCAGUUUGGUGAGAAUAUAGCUUUAUAGGUAGUUCUUACAUAUAAUAAUGCUAAAUAGAAUGUUGACAUAAAUGAUAUUGCUAUAUAGAAUAUUGAUAUAUAUCAUAUUGCUAUAUAGAAUGUUGAUAUAUGUCAUAUUUUCUGCAUUUGUGCUAUCACACAUGGACUACUGCAAUGCUCUCAUGGUGGGUCUUCCAGCUCCGCUCCUGGAUAAAAUUAAAAAAGUAUAGAAUAAUGUGGCUUGCAUUGUUUUUCGAAAACGCAAAUCUGACCAUGCUAAAACAUUUCUGAGAGAGUUGCAUUGGCUGCCGGGCUGUGCUCGCAUAGCGUACAAAAUAGCAACUCUGUGCUUCCGCUGCUUGCAUGACCUGGCGCCGUCCUAUCUCAAAGCGCUCAUGACGGCUUAUGUACCUCUAGACAACUCCGCUCAUCCAAUAGUGGCAAACUCUCGAUACCACGUGUUCGCCCUGAGACUUAUGGAAGGCGCAAGUUCGCAUUUGCUGGCCCAACAAUUUGGAACACACUUCCUGUUGCUCUCAGAAACAGGCAGACACUGGAGUCUUUCAAAAAGGAUUUGAAAACGUAUCUAUUCGCAAACACUUGUUGGGAUGAUGUAGUCUACCAUCUUUUCCAGCUAGCUAUUAUCUCCUAGAUGUAUUGUGGCCUGUGAUGUUUAUGGUUGCAAGGGAUGAAAGACUUAGAAUGGGUAUUCUUGUAUGUAGUUUUUGUAAUGUUUGGAUUUGUAUUUCAAUGUUGUAAAAUAUAGAUUCUUUUCAUAUCUCUUUUAAUAUGGAUGACUUUGUACCGCUCUUCAAGCCUUUGAGGAUGAAGCGUGAUUUUCAAAUAAGCUUUAUUAUUAUUAUUCUGAUAUAUAUAUAUUAUUUAAGUGGGGGGUUGGUACAUUUUAAAAACAUUUUAAGUACGUGAGUGAAGUCACUUAUGUUAUAGUAGUAUCUCAUAACCCGAAAACAAUACAGACUUGAACAUUUGUAUUUAGAUAAUUUAAAAUAAAAUUGUGAACUAUAAAUUUUACAAUAUUCUGUUUUUACAUUCACGUGUGAACAUAAAAAAAAUGGGGACUCACAUUUUAAAAAAAUUAUUUACUCCAAUUUAAAAAUAAAUAACAUCUUUUAAUUUAAAAAAUCUAGACAAUAAAAAUUGAAAAAAAAAUAAAAAAAUUGUAACUAUUGCGAGGUAAAACUGGAGUUGUACAUUCUAAUGUUUACUUAGUUUAGGGGUGUGGAAAAAGUAAGCUGUAGCAGCUUAGGGUGUUAACAUCCCUGGGCUGCUUUAGUGAUGUUUAUUAAAAACUGUAAUAGUAAAAUGUGAUCCCUAUUGGUCUGUGUUCUGUGUGACAACUAAUCUUUUUUCCUCAUUCUACAUUCUUUUUAUACCUCAUAUCACAUGAUCCGUCACAAAUGGGGGAUGGGGAGGCCAUUUUUAGAUUCUGUCCCAGACAGCACAAAUUAUGCCACAGUAUAGUUCAACGUAUUUUAUUAGUACAGUUAACUCAGAGCUUAAAUAUCUUACACAUGGGGAAUUCGUAUAUAAGUAGAUUUAAAACUUAUUAAAUAAUGCAUUUAACCUUCUUCUAAAAUCAUAUUUCAAAGCGAGUAAAUGUGUAAAUUUUUACGUGAUGACUAUCUUUAAAUCCAAUAAUAUUACGGUUUGACAUAGAACUUCUAAUUUUUUUUUUAAAGUAUGUGUUAUACCAAUGUAAGAAAAUAAAGUUCAAUGGCUUUGACAAUUAGUGGGUACAUUUACAUAAAUAUACCCAUACCUAAAAAAAAGUUGGAAAAUGAAAAAUAGAUGCCUUUUUUUGACAACAAACAUCUAGGUUUUCCUAAUUUUUCAAAGAUACUGUUGAAGGGCGAGGAUAAAGGGUGGGCACAUAUUUAUGAGGAUAAACAAUAUGUUUUUAUCUAAUUACAAUGUAUUGUAAAUAUUUAUUUAAAAUACAUAUUAAGUGAGAAAGAAAGAGAGUGGGGACUUUUUUUAUGUAGAUGAAAUUAUCUCUAUCAUUUUACACACAUGAAAAUUUAAUCUUAAAGGUCAUUUUUGUUUUACUCUAAUAGUUUGGGGAUUAAAUAAGGGUUAAAAUUUUCUUUGAAAAUGUAGAAAUAUAUUUUUGUUUUCAUUUUGCAAAAAUAAAGUUCAUGGAAAGGUGGAUGUAAAUUUUUAUGAGAUUAAUAAUAUUUAUAAAAAACAACAACUCAAGGCUGUUAAGGACAUAAAAAUUGGUUAAGAUAUCCUUCAAUUCUUAAAAUUUCUGUGUUUGUUUUAUUUUCUGAUAAUGUAGUAGAGAAGCUUUGGUUACUUUUUAAUUAAGAUACCAAUAUAUCAAAUUCCGUUAAUGUUACAGAUAUUUAAAAUUAAUUGUAUUUAAUUUUGUUGUUUAAAGGACAUGGGCUGUUUUUGGGGGGGGUGAAAAUUCAGGGUCCUGAAAAUGGAUAGGGUAGACAUGUAUUAUAUUGCAGAUAAAGAUUUCUAAAAAUGAAAUGAUGGUAGAAAUUAUCAAUUCGUUGAUACUUCUUUUUAAGACAAAGUCUGAUUAACUAUUUCCUAAAUAUACAUUUCAUUGGCCUGGAAUAUAGUCAUAAUUAUUUUUCAGUUAAGUACAUAACAAAUUGGUUUGUAGAUGUUAUGACUUUGCAAUAGCAAUUAUAAAGUUUCACUAAUUGCCAUCCAUUAUUAUUCCAGGAACAUAAGGUCAUAUCUUUCUAGUAUAUUACAUUGCUACAUAGAAAGUUGAUAUAUAUUAUAUAGAUUUAGAUAAUUUAGAUAUGUAGUGUAUUAAUAAAUAUAGUUUAAAUAUUUAUUACAUAGAUUUAGUGAUUAUAGGUGUAGAAAUCAUUGCAAUAGAUAAUAUAUAUAGAUAUUAGGAAUAUAAGUUUAAGAGUUGUUGGAAACAGAUAAAAACAAACAUAGUUGUGUGUGUGCACUUUAUAAUAAAUAUUAUUUAAACUGACAAAGCUGAUAAUUACAUUUAGGCUUAUUUUAAAAAAAAAAAGUCUUAAUAAAUUUAGUUUCAUUCAUCAAAUUUAAGAAUUUAAAAAAAUACAAAAGUAUGUCUGGGGCGUGAUGCGCCAGAUAAAAUCUCAGAUAAACGUUAUAGUAGCUUUGAACUUAGAGUUAAUAUGUUUCACAUAGUGUCCAUGUCUAAGCUAUCCAAUAAAAAAGUUCUUGAAAUGUAUGUGUGUGAAAUAAAACACUGUUGUCUCUAUGUCCAGGCCAUCAAACAAAAACUCCACUGGAAGGCAAGGGUGCUGGAUGAAGCACCACACACAGAUGUACAAGAGGAGGAAGACAAGGCCAAAAUGUUGCUGGGGGCUAAACUGCUGGUGAGUUGAAACACUGCAUUUAAGAUAGAUACUCUCUUUAUCAGUGCUGGAGUCAUGAGGUCAAAGGGAGAGAAUAAUCUGUUUAUCAAUGGUGGAGUUGAUGAGGUAAAAGGGAGAGAUUAAUCUGUUUUGAUGAAGUAAAAGGGAGAGAAUCUGUCUGUCCAUUGUAGAGUUGAUGAAGUAAAAGGGAGAGGAUCUGUUUGUCAAUGGAGUUGAUCAGGUAAAAGGGAGAGAAUCUGCUUGUCAAAGAUAGAGUUGAGGAGGUAAAGGAAAGAAUAUGUUUGUCAAUGAUGGAGUUGAAGGGGUAAAAGAGCGAAUCUGUUUGUCAUUGGUGGAUUUGAUGAAGUAAAAGCGAAAUAAUCUGUUUGUCAAUGGUGGAGUUGAAGGGGUAAAGGGACAGAAUAUGUUUGCCAUAGGUGGAUUUGAUGGUAAAAGGGAGAGAAUCUGUUCAUCAUUGGGUGGAUUUGAUGAGGUAAAAGGGAGAGAAUAUGUUUGUUAAUAGAGUUAAUGAGGUAAAAGAGAAUCUGUUUGUCAAUGGAGUUGAUGAGGUAAAAGGGAGAGAAUCUGUUUGUCAAAGAUGGAUUUGAUGGGGUAAAGGGAGAGAAUCUGUUUGUCAUUGGUGGAUUUGAUGAGAUAUAAAGUAUAUCAUCUGUUUAUCAAUUUAAUUGAUGAAAUAUAUGGGAAAGAAUCUGUCUGACAGUGCUGGAGUUAUACGAUUAGAACAUAAUCAAGUUGUCUGGUACAGAUGUUGAUAUUGAUAUUUUCUCAGUUGAAAUUCAAAUAUUUGAUUUUACAGGCUGGCCAAGAGAAGCCAUCCAAAAAGGGAUUUUUUGGUAAAUCCAACAAAUCAUAAGUCACCACCUGAGUUGAUAUUGAGCUGCUACAGUGUUGAUACUCGAUCAAAACACCUACUUGUACAAGUGUGUGUGUUUCUGGCUGUGUUAUAAAUGAUAGACUAAGCAUUCCUGAUCUUAGUCUUUGUCAAAAUUUGUGAAAAUCUAUUGUUGCAAUAUUUGGGAAGUCAGUGAUUGGUUGUAAGUAGAUCAACACAUUAUUGAUACAAUAUAGGCUGAGACAGCCUACCACAUUUAUAAGUUGUUACCACUGUCAAAGUUCAUAUUUUUUAAAUUCGCUGUUGCUUAAGCAUAACUUUUAUUUCCCAAGAGGAAAAACCUGUUAUUGACUUUUGCCUUGAGGACAUGACAAAAAUACAGUUGUCUCAUUGAAGUAAGGUCCCCUUCCUCCAUACUGGUUUAUUUUAAGAAAUUGUGAUCCUCUGUGUAAUGUGUACUCUAAUGUGUUUGUUUUUUAAUGUCCAUGUUUUUAUGAUGAAAAUACUCGGCCUGAUAUUACGCUAAAAAUAAAAUUAUCAUUUAAUUAAAUUUAAAAUAUUUAUUCCUUCCAAUAAUUAAAUACAUUAAAUAAGAAACAACUGAAUGGUGUUGAAAGAUUGGAAAUAGGCAUAAAUCUUAUAGUCUUUAGAAGUAUUGGCCUUUGUCGAACUUUUUCUUCUUGAGUUUUGGUUGAAUUGUGGUUUUAUUUCGCACUCUUCAAUACAGUCAAUCCCAUAAUCUAACCUAACCAGCUAUCAAAACAAUUUGAUACUCUUAUUAUAGAAGUGUAACCUUUUAGUUUUAAAAUCAAUCUUUAUUUUUGUUUGGUCACAGAAAAUAGAGAUGAUUUUUCAAGUUCUUUACUAAUUGGUGUUAUGUUGUCAGGUGUACAUUUUAACAUAGUAAUUUAAAUUUGGUUUCUAAAUUAAAUCUAAAAAGAUUUUAAUGUUUAAUUUUUCUGAAGAGAAAAUUGAAUUAAUAUUCCCAAGCAUUAAACAGAACACCAACAAAUUUGAUUUUUUUUUAAUAAUUCAGCACAACCAGAAAAUAUUUUUGCUGUUAAGCUACAGCCAUUUUAUAGUUUUUAGGGUGACAGACUUCUGAAAAUAUGGAUUAUUUAAACAUUGAAACAAAAUAGUGUAAAGUUAAGGAAAUUUUAUUUGACAAAAAAGUUUUUUCAUGAAACAUCAGUGGACUAGUGAGUUGAUAAAAUUGAAUUACAUCACUGUUCUUAUAACUACCAGUCCACACCAUUAUAGCCCAAUGUUAUUGCUGAUUGAAUGACUGGUUUAUAUAUCAAUCCGUACCAAAUGUCCAUGAUUGCAGAUAGCUUUUGUGAUAUGUUAUCAAAAUAAGUUAUUUAUGUUCAUUUCUCCUAGUCAAAAAAAAGACAUGCUAAAAGCUUUGACUUGACAGCCUUUACCUCUGGCCCCCCACAUUCACCCCACCGGUUGUAAGGCUGAACUAAAUUAUUAUUAUCAUUAUUUUAUUUUUAGUUGACUUAUUCUCAACCUGUGUUCUGAUGUACCCUUAAGUAAUGGGAGUUGUUCUUGGUCACCAGGAAGCCGCAAUGUUCACUGGAAAUGUUCUCUGUUAAUAUAUGGGGUUAUUUUCCUAUAGGGUCAGCAACCAUCAGUUAGAUGAUCUUGGCCAUGACCUUACUUAGGCAUUAGCAGCUUUUUUGUAUACAAAUAAAUUACUGCUUCAUUUUCCAUUGUAUUUAAAAAAUGGAUGACUGUAGGUUGGUGUCUGAGUACUAAGCCUUUAUGCCCGAAGUCAAGUUUUGAUUUUAGACUUUUGAACAAAUUGUUCAUUUAAAGUGUUGUUGUUUGAUGAUGUGAGGGUUUUUGGAGCACUUAGCAGACUUUUUCUAGUAAAGAAUAAGUCUUCGAAUCUAGUUAUACAUCAAGCUUAAGAAAAAAAUCUGUCAUAUUAAAAUUUUAAAAAUAAUUAUACAUCCAUAUUAUGAUUUACAUUGUUUUAAUUGAAUGUGUAGUUAAUGAUUUAACUGUCCACAUUUUUGUGAACCAUUACUUUUAAUUUAUGAAAUCACUUAAGAACUUAUCACUUUCGUUUGUUUGGUAAUAACCAAUGCAUUUACACUCUACAUCAGAGGUGGCCACUCCUGCUCUACAUCAGAAGUGGCCACUCCUGCUCUACUUGAGAGGUGGCCACUCCUGCUCUACUUCAGAGGUGGCCACUCCUGCUCUACAUCAGAAGUGGCCACUCCUGCUCUACUUGAGAGGUGG